AUGACGGCUAAAGAAGAUAUUGCUCCCGCAAAAGCAGCGGAUGAAAAUAUUGAGAAAAAGACAGAAAUUGAAUCUCGGGCCAUGCAAUCCCUCUCUCAAACACCAUUUAGGUGUUUAUCACUGAAGCAGCUGAGUGGUGGAUUAGGUAACUUUACUUUCCGAGGAAGUCUCUACUCACCUCUCCCGGACAAUCGGACGAGCGUCAUUGUCAAGCAUUGUCAGCAGUAUGAUAGGACAGGAACUCUUGAUUUACCAAUCGCUCGAUGUGUUGCUGAGGCUGUAUCGCUUGGGAUUAUGCGAGGUAGUUUCUUUAAGCAUGCCGAUGUUUCAAUUCGGCCCCCCGAUCACCUGUAUCUCGAUACAUACACAAAUCUCCAGGUUAUCGAAGAUAUUCCUAACUGUAAGACGCUGCGGGACUACCUGGAUUGUAAUAAAGACAUCCCCUAUUCGACAGCAAGAACCAUUGGUCAAGGUCUAGGGUUAUGGCUUUUGGAGUUUCACUCACGGGAUUGGAGCCAUAUUAAUGAGGAAGAAACAGCGGUCUUAUAUGAGAAUAAGGCUGCUGUGGAAUCGUCAAAGAUGCCAUUUGAAUAUGCUAUGAGUUUAUUUGACGAUGAUUCGCUAGCCAGAGAGAGUGUCUUGAAAGCUUUUGCCCAGGAUUAUCCGAGUCGGCUAACGAUCAUUCACGGAGAUUUUACUACUAGAAAUCUUCUGAUCCAGUCACAUCCAGAAAGCAAGAAACUGGAUGAUAUAAAUCUUGCUAUCAUUGACUGGGAGCUCUCCCGGUAUGGCUGUAUUACAAUGGACCUGGCUUCUAUGAUAGCCUGCCUCUACAUCCAGUGGCAUUUUGAAGGCACUCCGUGUGCCGAGUUUAUGCUACGUGGAUUUAUCCACGGAUAUGGCCAGUUAGAUGAGCAGUUAGUCUUUCGAAUUGCUGGUCUAAUAGCUAUCUAUCUUAUAAUGUGGGGUCGAUUAGACUUGAUUCACGGAGCAAAGACGGAGGCACGAGCACAUAAGCUUAAUGCGCACUCGAAAGAAUUUUUUAUAAAGGCCUCUCAGAAUGAUGUAGAGUGGCUGUCGACUAGCUUUUUGAGCAAAUUCCUCAGAGACUGA